AUGGCCGAUCCCCAGUCCUCUCCAUUACCAGCGUUCGAUGUCUCGUUGUCAGUCCCGGAACAGUUCAAGACGGGUGUAGUCUUCACCAAGAUCAACUCUGACCGAAAACAGAAGCAAGUCAAGUUCAGGCUUGACGUAGAUCAAGGUCAAAUUCUUUGGGAGUCGAAGAAGUACGGUGCUGUCCUUGUUGAGACGAUAAAGGAAUUUCGGACAGGGUCCAAUGCUGCAUACGACCUCGCACAAUUGGGUCUGCAAUUUUCCGACCUACCUCGGUUCAUCUCUACCAUUUAUAUCAGAAGUGGCUCGUAUAAGACCUUGAAUAUGCUGGCGCCAACUCCCGAGAUACUACGACAAUGGGAGAAUGCCGUACGGGCACUGUAUACCACACGUCGGGAUCUCAUGCGAGGGUUAGAUAAUGUGGAGAUGCGUGAAGCAGUCUGGCAGAAGAUGUACUGGAAGGGUGCCGAUGCGGGAGGCGAUAACAAGUUGGAUUUGAAGGAAGUCGAGAACCUGUGUCUACGUCUCAAUAUUAGUGCACCUCCCACCGUGAUCAAGAAGCUUUUCGAUGAAGCCGAUAGUCAGCGAACAGGAUUUCUCGACUUCGAAUCUUUUAAACAGUUCGUCAAGUCGAUAAAACGGCGACCAGAGAUCGACGCCCUGUACGCUCGGAUAUGCGACGGAAGUCCCAGCAAGAUAUUUGAUUUUCAGGCCUUUGAGAUGUUCAUGAAGGGGCAACAACAGUCCGACUGUUCUGCGGACACCUUAAAAGCCAUCUUCGCUAAGUACGCCACGCAACCUGUUGAAGGCCAAGUACCGGUCCUUUCCACGACGGCCUUCACCACCUUCUUACUUUCAUCGGACAACGCCGUGACAGCAUCAGCAUCCGGCUCCCAUCAAGUCACCCAGAAUAUGUCGCAUCCCCUCUCGCACUACUACAUAUCCUCCUCGCAUAACACAUACUUGAUUGGCCACCAAUUGAUCGGCGAAAGCACCGUCGAAGGUUACAUCCGGGCCCUUUUAGCUGGGUGUCGUAGCGUUGAACUUGAUAUAUGGGACGGUGGCGACAAUGAGGAACCUGUCAUCAAACACGGGAAUACCCUCACGUCAGACAUCCCCCUUCGCGACAUUUGCGAUGCCAUCAACCGUUACGCUUUCGUCGCCUCCCCUUAUCCUGUCAUCAUCUCAGCCGAAGUCCAUUUGGGCCUCGAGAGCCAAGACAAAAUGGUGCAAGUGCUAAAGGAAUGCUUCGGGGAUCGGUUGGUCCACGACGAGGACCUCCUUCAGGAUGGAAAGCCCAAGAAGAAGAUAGACGCGCUUCCAAGUGUCGAGAGCCUAAAAGAGAAGUUCCUUCUAAAGGCUAAGAACCUCUACGUCAUUGAUAGUGCUGCUACAGCCUCACUCGCCACUAGCACUCCCCCCGCGACCAUCGAAGUUGAAGAGCCCUCAGACACCUCUGAUUCCGAGGCUGAGGCCACCUCGAAGGUAGCCAAAGUCCGUGGCGAACUCAAAUCAUUUGGAAACAAACUACGCGCCACAUUCGGGUCUAAGAAAGGAAGCCGUCCAACAACCCCUUCGAAUGACCAGCGUCCUCCAAAGCCGAAGAUGUCCAUCAAGUUGGCGUCGUUGAUAGUAUACACCGUCGGAGUCAAAUGCCGUGGUCUGCCACCGGCUACCCCGACUGACGGGGUCCAAAGCGAGAAUGCGCCGCACUACGAACCCGAGCAUAUCUUCUCGUUGUCGGAGAACAAGGCUAAGAGGAUGAUCAAAGACGAUAUGCUUUCCGUGAUCAAGCAUUGUCAGAACCACCUAGUCAGGGUAUAUCCCAAGGGCCUUCGCGUGAACUCAACCAACUACGAGCCACACGAGUUCUGGGCGGCUGGGGCGCAAGUGGUUGCUCUAAAUUGGCAGACGACUGAUUUCGGAUAUCUGAUCAAUCAGGCCAUGUUCCAAGAAAACGGACGGUGUGGCUAUAUUCUGAAGCCGCCUGCGCUCACGGAUUUCAACACUAAGCUGUUGACACAGCGGACAAUGCACUUCUUCGACGUAACGAUCAUCUCAGCUCAACAACUUCCAACCCCCAAGCGAUCCACGAAGAGCGAGCUCCUUAAGAAGAACCCAUACGUCGAUCCUCUGGUUGAAGUAUCUCUCCAUGUUCCUGAUUGGAGUUCCACACCGUUCAUCCCGACGGAAUCAAAGGCUGCAUAUUCGCCCUCGCAUAAGGCAACGACGACAGAACCUACAUCCUCCCGUAAAGUGUCGUUCAAGACUUCCAUCGUCAAGGACAACGGCUUCAAUCCGGUUUGGCAGGAGGAAAUAUGUUUGCCGUUUGAUUGUCUAGGUGGCCGAGAGAGCGGGAUGAUGGAUCUGGUGUUCGUGAAGUUCGUGGUAUGGCAAAAGGGGAAGGACGACGAUGGGGAUGAACCGCUAGCAGUGUACUGCGCUCCUUUGGGAUGUCUGAAAUCAGGUUUCCGGCACCUGCCUUUGCACGACUCGCAGGGCUCACAGCAUUUGUUUUCUACUCUUUUCGUGGAGAUUGGGAUCCGUGAUGUUGCUUGA